AACAGGGGUUCCUGAUAAACAUUGGCUUGACUGCAGAGUCCUAUCAGUGGUCGAAGUCGGCCAAGAUGGACGUGAUACUUGCAGCGAGUCGUGGCGUGAUGAUCGAGCAUCCCUACUGGAUAGACUCCGAAUAGCUUCAUAACUUCCCAGAAUGAAAGCCCCUUGGCAUCUGCGAGACUGCAUUGCGAUACCACCUUCUGUUUUCGUGCGAAUCUCCGAGAGUCGAGAGGACUUCCACCAUGAAGCAUGCGACCCCGAAGAUAGUAGCGGCAUCCUCGAGGUCUGGGCAUGGCUAUAAGAAGUCGUUGCGAUCCGCGUUGUUGCUCAUCAUCCAGCAUCAGAUCCUCUUCACUCUAUUCCAGCCUCAUCAUGCGUUUCAUCACCCCCGUUGCCCUUCUCGCUUUGAUGCAAGGCAUCAGCGCCUCUCCUGUCGAUGUCAAGCUCAACACACCCGGACUGCACGUCACCCUCGAGCAGGUCGACAACACCCGCAUCAAGGCUGUGGUGAAGAACACCGGAAGCAAGGAGGUGACCUUUGUCCACCUGAACUUCUUCCAGGACAGCGCACCUGUCAAGAAGGUCUCCCUCUUCCGUGACAGCAACGAGAUCGAAUUCCAAGGCAUCAAGUACACUCUCAAGACCACUGAGCUCACCGAGGAUGUCCUGACCUCUCUUGCCCCCGGCGCCGAGAUCGAGGACAUCUUCGACAUUGCCUCGACCAGCGACCUAUCUGAAGGUGGUUCCAUCACCCUCCGCUCGCAGGGCUCCGUCCCCAUUGUGACCGGCACCGAAAUCACGGGCUCGAUCCCCUUUGACUCCAACGAGCUCACCAUCACCGUCGACGGUGCCGAAGCCGCCAAGGUUGCCCACGUCGGCCAUCUCGCGGCCCGCACCCGCAUCACCAGCUGCUCUGGUAGCCGGUCCUCCUCGCUGCAGACUGCCCUGCGCAACACAGUCACCCUCGCCAGCAACGCGGCCAACGCAGCCCUGCAGGGCGGCUCGCGCUUCACCCGCUUCUUCAAGACCGACUCGAGCUCCACCCGCAACGCCGUCGCUGCGCGCUUCCGCGCCAUUGCCUCCGAGGCCUCUUCCACCUCAUCUGGUGCAACGACCUACUACUGCCAGGACCCGUACGGCUACUGCAGCCCGAACGUGCUGGCUUAUGCUCUGCCCGCGUCCAACAUCAUCGCCAACUGCGACAUCUACUACAGCGCGCUCCCUGCUGUGACUGGCUCCUGCUAUGCCCAGGAUCAGGUUGGCACGACUCUGCAUGAGUUUACGCACACUCCCGGCGUCUACAGCCCUGGUACUCAGGACUACGCGUAUGGAUACUCGGCUUCGACUGCGCUUAGUGCGUCCCAGGCACUGAACAAUGCGGAUUCCUACGCGCUGUUCGCUAACGGUAUGUCUUCCCCAUGUUCCUGGUAUUCAUGUGAAGUGGUGCUAACAUCAAAUAGCUGUUUACCUCGGCUGUUAGGGAGCAGCAGGAAACCCUUGGUCUCCCGACUGGGCUGAGGAAGGGGCUGGAAUGAAGGUUAUGAACGACAACAUGAGAGGCUGGACAUAUUUCUCUCGACAAUCUUCGUAUAUAACACACGAUCGGCACAUGAUUAUAGGAUUUAUGAACACAAUAACUCCGUUUUUUAAGCAAAUAGUAGGCAUAAGUAAGCACUAAGCCCGAAUCAG